UACUAGGAAUUUAUAGCCGCCUGGCCUAUUACAAUAUACAAAACAUAGAAGCACCUGCUGUCUUCAUUGUAUCCCCACAGUAACCCCCGUACCCUCGCACUGUUUCCUUCUCUCUUUUCUUUAACCUAUUCAUUUUACGCCCUCAUCAUCCAGACAGACCAGCUAGUGCCGCGCAGCCAGCCACAAGCAAUAGGUAUUCUCUCCACAUGUCGGUGCAGGUUUAUUUGUAUUUAAUUAUAUAAUUAUCGUUAUAUAACAGUCAAGACAUCUGCACGUUUGAACGAAAACAGCUUGACAUUUUACGGAAACCACCAACCUCCUCCAUUGUCCCGCCUUCCAGACACAUCCUAAACCACCACCACCACCACCGACACACCACCCAUCACCCUUAUCAUGCUGGCAGUCUAGGCCUGUCUCCCAAGCUGUGACCCAACCGAGACUGAGGCAGCUUCUCCCACGGAGCUCCACACCCCCAGUGGGACCGUCACAGAGAUGGCUGAUUCAGACCCCUCGUCCCCCUCCAAUCCCCCACGGCCGCUGAGCUCCUCCCGCUCCCCCCUCUCCCUGUCCUUCCUCUUCCUCAGGCAGGGAAGUCGGGUGUGGGAGACGGAGAGGAAACCCCCCCUGAUGCCAAGCGAGCUGCCCAGCCCUCUGCCCUCCAGACGCACCCGUACAUACUCAGCUACGGUGCGGGCCAGAUCAGGCCCAGUGUAUAAGGGCGUGUGCAGGACCUUCUACAGGUCCCAGGGUCAUGGCUUUAUAAAGCCCUCCAACGGUGGGGAGGACAUCUUUGCACACAUCUCUGAUAUCGAUGGAGAAUAUGUUCCGAUGGAAGGCGACGUGGUCACGUACAAAGUCUGUUCCAUCCCCCCCAAGAACCAGAAGAUGCAGGCGGUGGAGGUGGUCAUCACCCACCUGGCCCCAGGAAGCAAGCAUGAGACCUGGUCUGGACAGAUCAUCAGCUCCUAGACCUCCACCUGCACCUGGAGAGAGGCGGUGUGGGGAAGAGUGGAGGGUGGGGGUGGGAAGGGAAGGUGGGAA